UUUGCUCUUUUGGUGGAACAUGUCUUUGUUUACUAAUGGCAAUAUCAAUCUUGUUGUUUAUUUGAGCUCAUUAUGAUAAAGAUGAAUCUGUGUUGAUGAAAAUCCUUAGGUUAUAUCACAACACUCAUUUCUGAAUUCAUCAAUUUUUCACAGCACUUACUGGGUGAAUUUAUAAAUUGUACAUUUUUAGCUGACAGUUAAUUAUACUCAUGUAGACAUGAUCUGAGUGUAGAUUGACAACUAUACAGUGACCUGGUUUUGGCAGUGGCCUGUGUCCAUAUUUGAUUGCAUUUUUCACCUUGAUGUCCUGAAAUUGGCUCUAUCAGGGCCCUCCGCGCAUCACUGUCCAGUCAACGCUUUCAACUGUUUUUGAACAUUAUAAUGUCGAUCUCAGCACAUGCCUGCGGGGCAGUGAAGCGAACAGGUGAGAGAGAAAGAGACCGUGUGUAUCAGUGUGGUGAAAAAGUGUGUGUACGAGUGUAUGUGUGCGUGUCAGUGGCUGGAGAGAAAGCGAGCCAGAGAGAGUUUGCUUACACUGUGCAUGCCAGGUUCAUAGCAGCCAGCAUAGUGAGUUAAAUAGCGAGGGGUCACGAAAUCCAUAAGUUUACGUCAAACGUUUGGUUUUUUUAAUGUGAUAUUUACAGUGAUCAAUGAGAAGGUCGAUUUGCUUGGUUUUCCUAAACGUCGUUUGAUAAAGUUGCGCAGGGGAGUGCUUCAUUGUCGGAUCUUAUGCAGAAGCGUGAAAUGCUGUACUGUACUUUCUCUCUAGGCUAGAAAUCGUGAAGCAUGGGUGACUGGAGCUUUCUUGGACGGCUCUUGGAGAAUGCACAGGAACACUCGACCGUGAUCGGCAAAGUCUGGCUGACAGUACUCUUCAUUUUUAGGAUUCUGGUGUUGGGAGCGGCGGCCGAGGAUGUCUGGGGCGACGAGCAGUCGGACUUCACCUGCAACACGCAGCAACCCGGUUGCGAGAACGUCUGCUACGACGAGGCCUUCCCCAUCUCCCACAUCCGCUUCUGGGUGCUCCAGAUCAUCUUCGUGUCUACGCCGACGCUCAUCUACCUGGGCCAUGUCCUGCACAUCGUUCGUAUGGAAGAGAAGCGGAAAGAGCGCGAGGAGGAGUUGCGAAAGGCCAGUCGGCUCCAGGAUGAGAAAGAACUCCUGUAUAGAAACGGAGGGGGAGGGGAGUCCGGUGGACGGGGUGGGGGCGGCGGCGGCAAAAAGGAGAAGCCGCCAAUCAGAGACGAGCAUGGCAAAAUCCGCAUCAGAGGUGCCUUGUUGCGCACCUACGUGUUCAACAUCAUUUUCAAGACCCUGUUUGAAGUGGGGUUCAUUUUAGGUCAGUAUUUCCUCUAUGGUUUCCAGUUGCGGCCCCUGUAUAAGUGUGCACGGUGGCCCUGCCCCAACACGGUGGACUGCUUCAUUUCCCGGCCCACGGAAAAGACCAUCUUCAUCAUAUUUAUGCUUGUGGUGGCUUGCGUGUCCCUUUUGCUGAAUUUGUUAGAAAUCUAUCACCUCGGAUGGAAGAAGGUCAAACAGGGCAUGACCAACGAGUUUGCCCCUGACCGUGAGUCGCUGCCUGACGCAGACGAAGCGGAGCCCGAGUCUCCCAGAACUGCGCCUGCCGCCCUCAGCUACCCGCCAGACUACACGGAGGUGGCGGUGGGUGGCAGAGCGUUCCUCCAGCCUGUGUCGGCGCCCUCUACGGCCGAGUUCAAGAUGGACCCUCUGCGCGAGGAGCUCGAGGAUUCCUCGCCGUUCUACAUCAGCAACAACAACCACAGGCUGGCUGCCGAGCAGAACUGGGCCAACCUGGCCACCGAGCAGCAGACUCGGGAGAUGAACGCCGCCUCCCCCUCCCCUUCCUCCUCCUCCUCGUCUCGCUCCUCCGAUAACGGGCGGCAAGCCAAAGACGCCGCUCAGCACGCCGGCGCCCCCGCCUCCCCUGGCGGGCCGGAGGAGGGGCACGUCACCACCACGGUGGAGAUGCACGAGCCGCCCGUCGUUUUCACUGACGCUCGACGACUGAGCAGGGCUAGUAAAGCCAGCAGCGCGAGAGCGAGGCCCAAUGAUUUGGCCGUUUAGUGGCUCUCCGCUGCAAAGCGCAGGUUUUUGUGGACAAAAAAUACACCAAAAAACAAGAGGAAGUGAGAGGCAGAAUGCUGGAAUGAAAAAAGUUCUUUCCAUUCAUUAUUAAUUCCAUUUUGGAAUGUUAAAAUGCAGAGUUUAGUCAUCUCUUAUGCGCUUUCUUAAUUAUGCAGUAGUUGAAUGGAGAAGCACACCUGAUGCAAGAUAUGUUACACCAGAAUCUCAAUGAUCCACUGAAAAAAAGUCACUUACGACAAGGCCUAAAUGUAGACAUUUCCAUUCAGCCAUUUCAAUUUAUCAAGUACAUUGUAUUCAAGUCACCAAAGCUAAAAUGUUACACUCUGUGGUUUAAUUGAGUAGACAAUGACAUACAUGACAAUGACAUAAUUUUUAAUUUAUUUUCCAAAAGCAUGUGAGAGAACUGGGAAGAAGAAAGUAGUUGUCAAAUUCAUGAACUCCUAUAACUCCUCUUUGUUGUUCCAGCAUCUGUCUCUACAUUUCCUCACUCUAAAGACAAAUCUAUAGGUUGUGGUAGAAAAAAGUAAAAAGCACAUUGCCUGAUAAAAGUGAAAAAACCUUUAAUGCAUCACAGAGAAGGUCAUCCGUACACUGAAAAAUGAACAUAUUACUGAGGCAAGUGAAAUACUUAGAUAACUGUUGUACUACUGAAUGGUGCAGAGUUUUAAUUCCUAUAGCUUGUGUAUUCUCUGGACCAAGUUUCUUUUUUCUUUUUCAAUCCCAUGAUCUGAAGUUCACAUCCUGCUCCUCUGUUGGAUUUGAGAGUUUUGAUAUAUGACCAUGUCCCAUCUUGCCAUCAGGAACACAUGAUCGCUUUUGAAGGAUGAGACAUGUGACAUUUGAAAUCCUUAUUGGUUUUUAUUUCGAAACGUUUGAGCAUUUUCUAAAAAUGUAAGCAAUUGGUUGAGAAUGAGUACAAAAACAGUUAUCGAAAACUUUGCUUUUCUGUAGUCAGUUCGUGGUUGCCAAAAAGUAGUUACUUCAAAAUGGACAUAAAAAGAUGCUGCAAGUGUCUUAUGCUGAUAUGAGUUUAUCCCCCUUUUUCUUUCUUUUUUGGUCCAGUUUCAGGUUACUGUGAGGCCCUUGUUUUCUGCUGUUGUAUAGAACAUGCCUUCUGUAAACAUAACAACGUGACAGCACAACUUCACGAGACCCAUUUCAAUACAAUAUAUGUUGGUUUUACUAUCAGGUAUACAUUUCAGCAAAGCAUUUAAAGAGACAGACAGGCCUGAAAUAGAAACGGUACAUUCAUCGCUUCAUCACGCAGAGUUUGUGCUUAGGACAGUAUUACUUUUGCUUUUACCAGAUCACAGUAUUUACAGAUGUAUGUUAUUUAUUUUCUGCUGUUUUCAUGUAUCCAAAAACCAAAGUGUGUUAUUUUGUCAUUUUUUGGUUCUUAAAGUUUACAUUUUAGUAAAUAGUUGAAGAUUUGCACAUUUAGGCAAAAGACACUGUUCAAUAAUUCUUACAUCGAUAGAAAGGAGGAAAUAUUUUUGAUCCUUAAAGGAAAAUGUCUUAAUGGUGAAAGUCGUUGUGUUGAUGGCAGUAUUAUUCCACUUAAAUAACAUCAAAUGUAAUUUAUAAAAACAGCACUUGUAGAGUAUAAGAAAUAUACACGUUUCCCAUGUUUUAUUUUAGGACUGUUGUGGUGGCCUGAAAGGACCGCAGGAAAUUUGAACAUUGUGCAUUAUAGCAUUUCAUCCACUCUGAAUUUGAAUUGGCCAGCCAGCCAGCUCUUUCCUAUCUCGAUCCGUUUGUAGUGUACUUAGUUGCAGCCCAUUAUUCUCAGAUAACGCUCAUUUCUUGAACUUCUUGAACUGAUUUUCUCUAGCAGAGCUGAUUAUUCUGACCAAUCAGGGAAAUGAACCACCUACAUAUGCUCAGAACAGCAGCCUGUUUCAAUGCUGUCUUAAGAGAAGUGCCUUGUGUAUUCAAUUUUAUAAGAACAAGUUGAUGUAAAUGUUCAUUUACCUCAAAUGUUUACA